UAAACCCUUCGAUUGACUGCAUGUUGGCACAUCACUGAAAUAUCUUCUCAUGUCUGAACCGAGGAAUUUAAGUGACGAACCUAUUCUUGACUCAGGAGUAAGAUAUAAGGUUGGAGAGCCAUCUCAAGAUGAAAUUGAAGAUCAUCGAUCUAAAUUGUCUAUGAUUGCUGGAUUAUCUGUAAAUGAUGGUGUUGCUACCCUCAGUACAUUACAAGGUAUUGGGUCCGGUCCUUCAGCACAUCGUCACCGAAGACGACGCAAACGUUUUGGAUCGAGUAACACAAGGGAAGAUAGUUCUAAAGCAUUUCCUACUAAUCCAAGUGAACAUGUCAUGUUUCUGUUGGGUGAAUGUGAUGGUGACGAUGAACAAACACAUCAGUUAUUCUGUGAAUUAGAUGAGUUAUGGAAUGAUCCAUCAGGAUCAGGAGAAACAGAAUGGCGAGAAGCCGCAAGAUGGAUAAAAUUUGAAGAAGAUGUUGAAGAGAAUGGUGAACGUUGGUCUAAACCUCAUGUGGCAACACUUCCACUAUUCUCAUUAUUUGAAUUACGUAGUUGUUUAGCCAGUGGAGUUAUUAUGCUAAACUUAGAAAGUUAUACAAUGGAACAGAUUGCAGAUUUAGUAUUGAAUCUAUUAGUAUCAGAAGAACGUAUACCUUUGGAACAAAGAGAUUUACUAUUUGAUGUAUUACUACGUCGACAUGUUCAUUUGCAUGAAAGAUUACGACCUAAACUUAUCGGUAGAAGUGCAACAAAUCUUCCAUUAAUUCGUUCAUUAGCUGAUAUUGGUAAACGACAUUCAGCCAAAGAUGUUGAAAAAGCUGGUGAAACGCCCUAUCAUACAUCAUUAGCUAAAAUGCCUACACUGACUGGUAUGGAUUCUCUUGAUCCUGCAACAGCUGCACAUAUUACUGCUCAUGCACAAGCACAAACCUCGGGACCAUCUGAAGUUAUGUCUGGUAGUUUACAAGGAAAGUAUGAUUUACAUUUCUUGAAAAAAAUUGCCCCUGGCUCAGAGACAUCGAAUAUCCUGGUGGGUGAAACCACCUUUCUGACAACAGCGAUUACUGUCUUCAUUCGAUUGAAAGAAGCUGUCCUUUUGGGAGAUCUUACUGAAGUUCCUGUACCGACAAGAUUUGUAUUCAUUCAUUUAGGAUGUAUGGGUAAUGCAGCGAAAUAUCGUGAAAUUGGUCGUUCAAUGGGUGUACUUAUGUCAGAUGAAGUAUUUCAUGAUGUGGCCUACAAGGCUCGAUCUAGAACUGACCUAUUAGCUGGUUUAGAUGAAUUUUUAAGUGCAGCCACUGUACUACCACCUGGAGAAUGGGAUCCGUCAAUACGUAUUGAACCUCCUGCAUCAGUCCCUUCACAAGAUAGUAGAAAGACUACAGUGAGCAAUGGUCCCCAGUCGACAGUGAGUCAACCACCUCAGUCGGUCGUCUCUGAACCUGGUGUAGCAGUUGUUGAACAACUUCACGCUGGUGGAGAUAAACUUGCUAGUCUGUGUUUAGCAGCUGUGGGGAAUGCUACGCAACAACAACAUAUAGCGGAUGGUUCUGCUAAGCCUACUAGUCUAGGCGAUUCAAUGCAUAAGUCAAAAACAGAUCUUGCUCGUAGCCCUGGUAGUCGUUUGGAGUUAACAAAUAUCGAGUCUGGUGGUGGUGGAGGUGGGGCUGACGACCAUGCUGGUGGUCAUGGUCAUGAUCCUGCAUUAAAUCGAACUGGCCGUAUUUUCGGUGGGCUUAUACAAGAUAUUAAACGUCGUGCUCCACACUACAUAAGUGAUUUCACGGAUGCUAUACAUGUCCAGUGUUGUGCAAGUUUUAUCUUCUUAUACUUUGCUUGUUUAACACCUAUCAUCACAUUUGGUGGAUUAUUGGCUCAAGCAACUGGAGGUUACCUAGGGACUAUUGAAAGUAUCCUAUCGGGUGCUGUUGUCGGCAUAUCCUAUGCUUUAUUUUCUGGACAACCGCUAACUAUUAUGGGUAGUACUGGUCCUGUACUAGUAUUUGAAAGUAUUAUCUUCAAGUUAUGCACGCGAAUGGCUUGGUCGUAUUUAAGUUUUCGGUUAUGGAUUGGUAUUUGGGUAUCAAUCGCUCUGCUUAUCAUGGUUGCACUUGAUUUAAGCGCACUAGUCAAGUUUAUAACACGUUUCACUGAAGAAUCAUUUGCUUCCUUAAUUGGUCUAAUAUUUUUCAUUGAAGCACUGAAGAAAACUUAUGCUAUAUCAAAGAAACAUAAAGUUGAUUUAGCUUGGUCACCAGAUUUAAUUGAUAAACAUCAUUGUGCAUGUCUUAAACCACAAAAUCAAACUGACUAUCAAACACUAUCAACAAUGUAUGAAAAUCACCCGCUAACUUAUAUUCCAUUGGUUGGAUUCAAUGCAUCAUCACCAUUUGAAGCAGAAUCUCUAGCAGAUUUAGCUGAUAAAAAAAUCGAUUGGGAGGCAAUUUCACGUGGUCGUUAUUCGUGGAAAUCACAAGAAUAUCAAGAUCUAUGUGUUCAGUUGAAUGGUACUUGGACAGGGACUAGUUGUCGACCAUUCUAUGUACCCGAUGUCUUUUUCUUCUCGUGUUUACUAUUUAUAGCAACAUUUAUCUUAGCCUUUUCAAUGAAGUCAAUGCGUAAUUCCUCCUUCUUUCCUAAUCGUGUGCGGUCAUUAAUAUCAGACUUCUCAGUUGUCUUAGCUAUCGCCAUCGGCACUACAACCGACUUCUUAUUGAAUUUACACACACCCAAGUUAUUAGUGCCAACAACAUUUGAACCAACAUUGGGUUACAGUAAACGUGGUUGGAUUGUACCUCCAUUUGAUAAUAAUCCUUGGUGGACAUCUAUUGUUGCAUUGGGACCGUCUUUACUCGCUGUCAUCUUAAUAUUCAUGGAUCAACAGAUCACAGCUGUUAUUGUUAAUCGAAGAGAACAUAAACUAAAGAAAGGAGCCGGGUAUCAUUUAGAUUUAUUAGUAGUAUCACUAACAAUAUUAAGCAAUUCAAUACUUGGUAUCCCAUGGUUUGUAGCAGCUACUGUCCUAUCAAUUAAUCAUGUAUUAUCAUUGAAAAAAGAAUCAGAAACAAAUGCUCCAGGUGAACGACCAGUUUAUUUAGGUUGUAGAGAACAACGUGUCACUGGAGUAUUGAUAUUCUUAUUCAUUGGCCUAUCUGUAUUUAUGACGCCAUUGUUAUCACGUAUUCCGAUGCCUGUACUCUAUGGUAUAUUUUUAUUCAUGGGGAUAUCAUCAAUGUAUGGUAUACAAAUGUUUCAACGUAUUAGCUUAUUAUUCAUGCCAGUUAAAUAUCAACCAGAUUAUCCAUAUUUAAGACAUGUUUCUCUACGUCGAGUUCAUUUAUUUACUGCUAUACAAGUUACGUGUUUAGUUAUGUUAUGGGUUAUAAAAUCUAUUGAUGUACUGGCUAUACUCUUCCCAAUUAUGGUAUUGGCAAUGUGCUUUAUACGUAAAGGAUUAGAUUUUAUAUUUACUCAGGAAGAAUUAAAAUGGCUAGAUCAAAUUCUGCCAAGUACUAAACGUAAACCAUUUCCGCGACCAAUUGCUUCUGCACCAAGUGCUACUGAUUUUGGUAAAAAUGCCAAGUUUUCAAGCAAUACAAAUCUCUUACAAGACAAAAAAUUCUCCAGAUCAGAAGAAAAGCGUAUUAAUAUUACUGAAGAAAUGUCGAAGACGUCUAUUUGGCGCCAACUGAGCGGUACAGAUAUAAACAAUGAAACGAACAAAUAUAAUAAACCAAAAGAUACAAAAACACGACAUCGUAAGGGGAAAAAACCUUCGUCGUCCUCAUCACCACCUCGGGGGGGAAUGACAACACUGGCAGAUGAUGAAACUACAGAGUCUUAUCAAACAGCAACUGAAACAAAUCAUUUAUCGAAUACUUCCAGUGGUAAUACUAAUAAUAAUGAUGAUGUUAAUAAACCAUCAUCAUCACCGGCAAAGCGACAACAACCACCAGUUGUAUUUUGUAUUGAUCCAAAAGAUGCAAAGAAGUCAUCGUCGUCAUUGAAACCUUCAACCACCAGUGAUGAUAAUGAUACCAGUAGUAAUCAUCCUCUAUUGGAUACUCCGAAGAUAACUAUCAAUCCACCGUCGAAUCAAGGCUCACCAGAAUUAUCUCAGAGAAAAAAUGUACAACGCAUUUAA